CGGUUAAAUUCAGUUCGUGGUUAGAUCGUUGAAAGAAUAAGUGCUGUUAGUUGUAGGGCGGAAAAAAAGGAAAAAUUGCGUUUACUGCAAAUAAUUUCGAAGCAAAAGUAUUUUUGGUUAUUUAAAUACAAAUUGAAAUUAAAAUAUUGAAAAAAAAAAAUAAAAUUGUGUCCAAAAUAAUAACCGUUAAAAAUGUUACAAAACGAUGCCGUGCGAAAUUUGCAGUACGACAGCGAAAUUCGUGUCGCGCAACAAAAUAACGCCGAACCGAGAGUUUAUGAUGGACCAAUCAGCAUUACCUCACAACCGACAACAGCACCGGAACGUAUACCGUUACCACUACCAGUUUCAACGGUAGGCAACAGUUUACCGGCACACCGCAGUUUUAACAUACCCAUGACCGGUUAUGAUUUUCUCACAGAGUUGCCAUCGGUGCAUAUUGAACAAACAUUUGAAUUGAAUGAGGCUUUAACGUCGGUCUCUUCUGAGAACCGCUAUGUCGUGCGCUCACCACUCGGCGAUGCCAUCUACGCCGCUUCGGAGAGUUCAACCUCUAAUCAUCGACUGUUGUGUGGCACCGCACGUCCCUUCCAAAUGCAUUUGCUGGAUAAAACACAUCAGGAGGCAUUGCUGUUUCGCAAGCAAUUUGCGCUCGGUGCCAUGUGCUGUCAUCCCAAAAAUCUGGAGGUAUGGACACCGCCGGGUAAUUUAAUGGGGCGCGUAGUACACUCGCCCACAUUUCUGCGACCUGAAUAUUUCAUACAAGACGGUGUUACCGGUGAGCCAAUAUUUUGCAUUGAAGGCCCCGAAAAUUCGGGCUUCUGCUGCUUCUGUUUGCCAAAAGAAUCGUUCUUCAAGAUACAUUCCGGCGGCGAUCUGCGCGCUUCCAUCGAUCACAAGUGGGUCGCGGGAAAAUCACAGUACACCACAAAUAUAUAUUAUAGUGAUACAAAGUUAUCGGCCAAGGAGCGCGCAUUGAUUUUGGGUGCGGCGUUUUUAAUGGAGUACAUGUAUUUCCAAACUCGACUCUGAGCCGAGAAAUUGCGAAACAACAGUCUGGCAGCACUUUCUGUAAAAUAUACAUUUUAUAUUGGGACUAUAUCUGUAUUCAUGCGUUUUUCUUUCUUCAAAAUUUUAAUGUUUAUUUAAAAAAUAUAUGUACAGUAGCAUUAUUCACAGUAUUAGUCAUUUGAAGCUAAAACAUUUUCCCAUCUUUCUGGCAAAUCGUGGAUUCCAUGGCAAAAGGACUGCAUGUUUGAUACCUUGUGCUGAUGUUACCCGUGUACCAGUGAGGGCGUUUUGAAUUGACCGGAACAUAUGGUAGUCGGGAGGGGAAAGAUCUUGUCUAUAAGGCAGAAGGGGAAAAACUUCCCAGUCGCUGUUUUAUAAAUAGUUUUUAAGCGCUUUUGCAACAUAAUGCCGAGCGGUGGCAAUAUCAAAAAUGAUUGCCUCGUGUCUAAUCGCAAAUUCCAGUUUUUCGGCAACCGCUCGUUCCAAUUAGUAAAGUGGUUAUUGUUAGCGUGUUACUCCCAAAAAUUCUGCGAGCUCUUCUUGUGUCUGACCACAAUCUUCAGCGAGUAAUGCUUCCAGAACUCAUCUUCGUCAUCUUCUUUUUCGUCUAUCUAGGACGUUCUUCGUCUUUCAAACCAAAAUCACUACUUUUUCAUCUUGCAAUCCAUUUUUGGCACCAUCAAAGUAAACUCUUUUUCAAGCAUAAAGUUCGACUUAUUUGAGUGCAAAAAAUAUUGUUGUUUACGCUUCAAAUUAAUGAUAUACUUGUAUGUAUGUGUAAUGAAAAAGACAGGACAGUAGCUUUCCAAUGCAUGUUCAGAAUAUUUUUGGGUCGUUCACUAAGUACAUCCUUGCAGGCAAAAAACUGGCCCAAAUGAUUUUUGGUGUCCUGAUUUGAGGUGAACAUUCUCCCAUCCAAGAAAAUGUAAUAAAGACCGGAAUAAGCAAUAGUCUGAAGAUACCAAGUAUUAGAUAAGUUGUCAUCGACGUAAUCCAACGGGAGACCUAGAAAACGUGCUGUUUCAAUGGGGUUGGACCAGGGAGAAGGGUGUCAGAUGUUUAGGGUUAGCAGGGCAUGCAAAGAGGUGACUAGUGUUAUGCAGGGACUCAUUGCACCGUGACAUUUGUUUGAUAUGUCAGAGCCUCUUCGAGAUAAAUAUGAGUUUGUUGAGUCCCCUUGUUACAGUAUCCAGAACGAAGCUGCGUAAGGGUCCCUCGAUUCUUGCGGCGACUCGAGCUCUUCGUCUGCAAUGGGUGGUGGUUUGACUCCAAAUACUCUAUUCAUUGAGAGGGAGUCGGUGAACGUGUUAACGGAUCCACUGUGAAUGGCAGUCAGUGCAUGUCUGAAGUCUGGUCAUCGCAUUGUUUUAUGUCGUCGACGCAAAGGAAAAAAUCGAAAAAAUUCAAAAAGAACAGCUGUUACCAUUAAAUUAUUUUUUGAACGACGUAAUAGAACAAUGGAAGAAUAAUCAAGUUCCGCCAUCGCUUAAACAAACCGCACGAAUACAGUUAUAGUCCCAAUAUAAUAUAUAUACUAUUGUAAAGGAAAGUCUUUAUAUUUGACAUUUUUGCUGGUUUUGUUUUAUUUCAUUUCCAUCGGCCAUGGUUUUUACUUUAAAUUUAUAUUUAUUUGUAUAAUUAAACAUAUGUACCGAUAUUUAUACAUACAUACAUUUAACCAUUGUAUUUAAAUAAUAAUUACUUUAUUUUUUACAAUUAUAUAAUAA